AACUUACACCGCCCCAUAACUGGUCCUACUGUUCGGUUGUUGGCAAUUCUUUUGCGCUUCCUAUACCAGUCGCGAACAUGAGGUUCGGCAUUGCAUGUCUGCUCUUGAAACUCGCUGUGCUGUCUACAGCCCAGUGGGAUAACAACUCAACAGCCCCAAUCGAGCUUGCGCCUGCACCCUGGACUUUGAAGGGUACCGUCUAUUCUAUCACCUAUAUUCCCCUUUCAACCAAGCUACCGACUAAGGCGUUCGCACCACUCGAACGGCAGUACGCGUCAGCCGUAGAGGGUGAAUAUGUUGGCAUACUUGGCCAGAUACAGAUUAUCCGGUACACGGAUAGCCCUGUUGGUCCGUAUGACGAGCUCCUGAUCGUUCCGGGUUUCUUCAAAUACAACCAUACAAGCCCUAGUGGAAAAUUAGAGGAGAGGAAGAACCUCAGAGUCAGUAGGAUCUAUGUUAGCCAAAAGUAUACGAAUUGGAACGGGAGAAUGAAUUGGAACAUUCCAAAGCACCUAGCCAAAUUUGACUGGGUCGAAGGAAGUGAUGGCAAAACAUCGGUCAAAAUUUAUCCACACGAUACCACUGGUGACCCUUUCGAAUCCAAACCAGCAGAGAAACCCUGGUUUCAGGCCACAUUCAAGCCGAGCCUGUUACCUGGCAUACCAUUCAGCACUGAUCUAUACAAUCUUCUGGGUGUUGAUACAUUACUAGCCCAACCGCCCUUGCCCGCUGGUAACGGUACUUACGACGAGCUUCCGGGGACAAAACAAUGGGCAGCCACCAUGCCAAAUCAAGUAACUAAAAGCGCUACAUUGGGAACCAUUGAUUUAGAUCAGGGAGAUGGCGACGUGCAGAAGGGACAGGACACAAAUGCGGUGGGCGAUGAGUACUUUCCGAAUUUCUGGCCAGGUGUUCCACGUCUGAACAUCGCCACCAAGUUAGCGAACGCCACUAUUACCUUUAGUGCUCCUGAGGUUUGGACCAACUAAGUACAAAAUGGCAGAACCAUUCUCUCCUUCCAUUGUUGAUAGUUCGAUAAUAGUAAUAAGUUAUCCC